AUGCUCAUGCUCUGGGGUGGCGACUCUCGUUUGGUUUAUAAAGUGAGCUCCCCGCAGGUUUCAUCUCUGAGUCCGAGUGACCAUGCCCUUCAACCUAUCCGAGACGGGGUCACCGAGCCCAGCCCAGCUAUCAAAGAACUUCUCUCGAAUAUCCCUCCUCGGUUUGGCAUUCAUUACCUUAAACCUGCUGAUAAACGCCCGUUGCAAAUUCCAGUCAUGGACCGCUUUUGCUUCGGCUUUGCCUUUGAGCCUCACAUCUGGAGGUCCCACAAGUAUCAUCUGGGGUCUCUUGACCUCGGGCUUUUGUACACUUUGUAUCGCCGCCUCUCUGGCAGAAUUUCUGUCCGCAUAUCCUACCCGGUACGCGACGCUAGUGACCUCUGCUCGAUGAACGUCUUGCUGACUGAAGAGCCAGUUUCCUGGUAUGACUACAGGCGGGUGCUCGCAUGGUUUACGGCAUGGGCGAAUGUCGCCGCGUGGGACUUUAACUUGCAAAGAUGGCAAGUGUUCCUCAUCUAUGUCGGCUUUAACAUUAUUGCUCUUUUUGUCAACGCAUUCUGGAACAGCAUUUUAUCCGCGCUGAAUAGAGCAGCUUUGAUCUGGUCCCUAUGUGGCUUCUCCAUCAUUUUCGUGACUGUCUUGACAUGCGGGUCGCCAAAUUACAAUUCUGCGAGCUUUGUGUUCACUAGUUUCAUCAAUGAGACUGGAUGGCCUGAUGGCUUGGCUUGGCUUUUAGGGGUGGACUGUGCCUUGUCGGAGUUUAAUUGGGACCAGGACGCAGUUGCGCACAUGACUGAGGAAAUUCCCAAGCCAACCGUGGAUGGACCGCUAAUCAUGGUCGCGUGCGUGGCAAUUGGCCUCGCCACCAGCCUGAUCUUAAUUAUCGCUCUUCUCUUCGUGUCUCGUGAUAUAGACACCAUUAUCACCUCUGGUGCAGGGCCUCUACUUCAAAUAUUUUUUGAUGCAACCAACAAUAAAGUGGGGUCCAUCUGCUUGCUACUGUUUCCCAUUGGAUGCCUUUUGCUAGGUGUGGUAGCUAUAACAACCACGUCUAGUAGGAUGAUCUACGCUCUCGCUAGAGACUCUGGGCUACCAUUCUCUUCCAUUUGGACUACUGUUCAUGCCAGGCUCAAAACGCCUGUGAAUGCUCUGGCUCUCAAUACAGCUGCAGUAAUCUGCUGCGGGUGUAUCUUCCUCGGCUCUUCCAGUGCAUUCAAUGCACUGAGUUCUGCGACCGUCAUAUGCUUUGACAUAUCCUAUUGCCUUCCGAUCUUGAUUCAUUGUAUACGGGGCCGAAAAUUGCUCCCUGUGCGCCCAUGGAGCCUCUACCCUGUCAUUGGAUGGAUUGUGAACCUUGUAUAUCCUAUCUUUUCGAUUCAUUUCUUCCUCUGGCGCCUUACCCAUGACUAA